CAACUCGUACUUCCACUUCUACUCUUUUGUAACAUGAUCGUUGAUACAUAUUCGUAAAAGGAAAGAGUCAAAGUGGCUCGGCGCACUGUGCUUGACUAAAAUGAAGAAACCGGGGAUGGAUCGCAAAGGGAGCCACGCUUCCGACGCGACCACCGCCGAGAUGUCGCAGCAGCGGUAUGUAUGUCUGGGAAAGAACGACCGCGACUCUGCGCUGCAUCUGAGUAACGGUAUUGCAGCGGUGCAAGAAUAAAUGGCAUUUAUUUUUUCUUAUUCACAGAGAAAGAAGAAGAAGAACUUCUCUAUCCUAUGGUAUGCAUGCCAACGCGAGUUGUUGGAACGCGUGCGCAGCCGACUCUAGUCUGGUUGCAGAGGAAAAGAGCGCUCGUACUAUCGAAUCUCUCCAUACUACCGCGUGCGACCGCAGGUAAAGCCCUUAGACGAGGAGGAUUCCGUACUCAGUGCCUCCGAGGAUGCCACCUCGACCACAGACGAGAAGCAGCACUACAACCGGUCGGAAAUCAGCAUUUCGACACGGGAAAGAUUUUCCAAACAACCGUCCCCUGCGGUUUCGCGCAUGGACGCCAGUCCAAGUAGGGUCUGGGGAACGAUCUAGGAAAGAAAUUAUCAAAUACUUAUCAUACGGUGGAUUUGGAUUUGUUUGGUUGUCUGUGAUUCGAACGAAUUCGUGUAGUGCUAGCAGCCCAGCUUGGAAAGGAAUCUCCAAGAUCUACGUCGGGAUACUCUGUAUCUGCACGUAUUGUGUGGUGGUCGGAGCUUGUGUUACGCAAAAUUAGGCCCCUCAUCCAGUAUGACUUUAUGUCCUGAGAUCGUUUCCAGAGGAUACCCAGCUCCUAUGGGCUUCGCGAAAUGCAGCAGGAGAAGAAAGUAACGUGCGUGAAAAUUGUCGCUCCCCGACGAACUCUGAUGGAUUUCUACCUUGCAUUUCAUUGUGAAAGGAGGAACGGGUAAAAUCUACUUGGAGUCGCAAAAAAGAAUGAUCAUGCAGAGCAGGAGGUUGGUUGUUUUCGCGACAAUUUUCGUUCUCAUACUAGCUGCGGGAAGAGGAGGAAAAGAAGCAGAUGGAAGAAGUAUUUUUAAGGCGAUAUUUAUCAAUAGUACUCACGCGUUCUUUGAAAUUAAGUUUUUGCCUCCAUUGUGGAAAUACAUUUCAUCUUGUCGAGCAUGCUGAGAAAAAAUCAACUUUUUAUUUCAGGCGGAACGCGCUCGCGCGGGUUUCAGUCUGAAGGCGAGCAAGUCCAUGACAGUGGACGAUUGGCCAGGGGAUGAUGCCAGUUUCCACUCCAAGCUGCGGUACCACGUGCAGUGGACUACGCAUUGCAAUUAAUUUCUCUUGUACGACCACUAUCGACGACUACGCAGAGAACCACGACGGAUACAUCCUAGUACGGCAAUUUGCAUGCCGAGAACUUUAGAUCUCAUGAAAAAGUAAAACCUGUGAAGGUGCUGGGUCUGGCACUGCAUUGUUCGUGGGUUAGUUUUGUCAUGCAAGAUUGCUGCAAUUAGUGCGCGUUCUGUUCUUCGAUAGUGUGCUUUAUUUCCGGAGUAUACAAGUGUUAUCGCUGCAGAAGUUCGACGCCGCCAUCGGUAUCGUAAUUUUGAUGAACUCCAUCACCAUCGGGAUCGAGUCCCACUACGAGAUAACGGGUCAGAGCACGAGCUUUUUCGCGGACAUCGAGCACAUCUUCCUGUCGAUCUACAUGCUGGAGCUGCUGGCGAGGUUUUACGGGUUCGGGCUCGGCUGUUUGAAGUCGGGCUGGGUCAUGUUCGACGCGAUUUUGGUCUUCGUCGGGGUUCUUUCCACCUGGGUGUUGCCCUCGAUUUUCAGCGAAACACCAGAGGAGCUCGGGCCGCUUCUCGUCCUCCGCGUCUUGCGGCUGCUCCGGCUGGCCAGGGCGGUAUCGUUUAUUUUGGUUCUUGAACAACGAAAGGAUUCAGAUUCACUAUAAUAGCUGCACCCAUUGUGAAAAUAAACGAGAACAAACGGAAGCAACUAGAGCGUGGCAGCUUUCGAAGUGUUCUGCAGAAAUGAAGUGUGAGCGCCAGCAAGAGGUAGAUGACGAAACCGGUAUGCUUCACUGUUGGUAGGACGAGGUGUAGAAGUUGCAUCCGCAUAAAAACUCUUCGCUUUAGGUGCGUCUCCUGGUCGCUUUCAAGACGCUGUGGAUGUUGGUGCGGGGGCUGCUUUCGUCUGCCGGCACGAUGUGUUACACCUUCGUCCUGAUUUUUCUGAUUCUCUACGUCAGCGGGGUUCUUGCGGUCGAGCUGAUCACGAAAAACAAAAGCCAAUACGCAGACGACGCACAACUAGCCGCCAUCGUAGACAACCACUUCAACGGACUCUUCGAUACCAUGCUGACACUAGUACAGAAACAUAGUGAAGAAGCUUGCUGAAGAAAAAUGAAUCUCUUUAAUUUGUGUACCACACUCGUCCGGUAGAAGUGCCGCGUCUGUUGAGAAUGUUCCCGCACAUACAACACCAGACGAGGUACGUACUCGUAACGGUUCUUCAAGAUGAAAUAAAGAAACUCUCUCCACCACCUCCAGGUGCAAUUUGUGACGCUGGAUUCCAUCGGGGGCAUUUACGUGCCGAUGAUUCGACGGGAGCCCGGGUUGGCGAUCUUUUUCAUGGGCUUCAUCCUGAUUGUUUCCGUCGCCCUGAUGAACUUGGUGACGGCUGUGAUCGUGGAGGGGGCGAUCGAGCAGGCCAAAUCCGACAAGGAGGUGCAGGCCGCCUACGAAGCGCAGCGGCUGCAGCGCAUGCUCCCGGAACUGCGCAUUAUGUUCGAGGCGCUGGACGAGGACGGCAGCGGGGACAUUUCGAAGGCCGAGCUCGUGCACGGCCUUAAUUCCGAUCCGGCGCUGAAGGACGAACUGUGCGGAAUCAUGGGGUCCGACGACCCGCUGGAACUGUUCGAAAUGUUGGACACAGACGGCGGAGGCGAGGUGUCCAUUGAGGAAUUCUGCGACCAGAUUCUGAAGACGGUAACCAGCAACCGCCCUAUCGAACUCGAGCGGAUUUUGAAGCUGGUCAAGGAGGUUCCGCAGAUGAAAAAAGACGUCGAGACCGUGGUGCACGCACUCGGGGAACUCACCUACCAAGAGAGACGGUUAAGCGGCAAAAGCAACUCGCCCGGGAAGAACCGGCCGUCAAAUCUGUCCAACAACGCGGCAAACAACGCACGGGUUUCCGUGCAGAGCACGGCAGCUGCAGCGCCGACGGGAGUUGGAGUAGCAGUACCCGCCGCCGCCACGACCGCACCCACGGUGCCACACUACGUGGAAGCGAUGAAUCUGCGGCUCACGAAGAUCGAGUCCGCGGUGGAGGAAAUCUUGCGAAAAAUCGACGUGGGGUACAUACAGAUGGAAUACGUCUGAAGUAUUUAUGCAGCCGGCGUUCUUUUCUGGAUCUAUACCUGUAUUAACGGAGCUAUCACUUCUUCAAGUGAUAACUUCUUCCCGCAUAGCUUCGUGUCGUGAUGUAGUUUUUAUUUCAAGAAUACAGGACAGGGUAUCAUGCCUGAGCGAUGCGUCCAAGUCGUGCACGCGUUGUGUACUUGUUUCAUCGAGCGGGGGAGGUGAUUCCGCUCAUUUGAGCCUUUUUUUCAAAACUAAAAUCUAAUGAUAAGCAUCUUCGCAGGAAAGGUAUCUGUUGGGAUUACAUUUUUGAAUCUGGCGGAGUUUUUAGAGCGUACAAAAUAAACCUGAGGAGUCAAAAUCUCCAUUAGUAGAUGUAAGCUACAUCUACAUGGAGAAAAAGCAUUACUAAGUUCUUGACGGACGUUCCCGUUGCAAGGCACCUUCAGCUGCCGCCUCUGUAUUUUUACGUAAAGAUAUUUGAAAGUAUUGCAACGUGUCACGCAGCCAAAACGACUAAAUUUUGCUCCACACAGCUGCAAAUUGAGACGGAACUACACCGAAAGUCGUCCAGUACAACUGUUUUUGUUGCGGCGCUCAUUGUCGAGCUCCCCGUCACGCACGACCGUGUGGUUCGUGUUUGUUUUAACUUUGUGAUGUUGAUGUUCCAGUCGUGGCUCGAUGCCACGAUUGCGCUGUUGCACAAAAGCGGGCCAAGGGCCCAACCACAGAACUACCGCCCAGUAGCGCUGCUGCACUACGGGGAAAAACUAGUCUCGCUCAUCAUACUGAAGCGGGUCCGCAAAUCCGCGUAUGGGUACGUGAACAAGAAGCAGAAGGGGUCCAUACAGGGGUUAAGCUGCAGACAUGCGGU